UUUCCAGUGCAAAUGAAUCCAAUAGCUCAAUCUCAGUUUAUACCUUUGGCUGAAGUUCUUUGCUGUGCUAUAUCUGAUAUGAAUGUUGCUCAGAUUGUGGUGACACAGGAAUCACUAUUGGAGCAUUUGAUGAAACAUUACCCAGGCAUCGCAGUUCCACCUCAAGAUAUUCUCUAUACCACUCUGGGAACUCUGAUUAAAGAAAGGAAAAUUUAUCACACUGGAGAAGGAUACUUCAUAGUCACUCCUCAGACUUACUUCAUUACGAAUAUAACGCCCCAUGAAAAUAAGAGAGACCUAUCGGAUGAAAGCUGCCAGAUGCCAACUUGCGUUACUUAUCUGGUGAGCGUGGAGAGCUGUGCAGAGUUGGCCCAAGAAAAGGCUGCCCCCAUUUCUCACUGUCAGUCUUGCCGGUGUUUCCCUGAUCUGUGCACUCAGGAUGUACAGGAAACACCGGCUGCUGCAGAAGUGACUAGAAAAAGCCAGAAAGGUCUGCGGGAAUCCAAAUCUUUGGGACAGAAUCAAGCAGUUUCCCUGUCUGAGGGGAAUCACGUCUGUGAAAGCACCAAACCUUUACCAUACACAAAAGACAGAGAAAAAGGCAGGAAGUUUGGCUUUAGCCUCUUUUGGCGUAGUAUAUCCAGAAAGGAGAAGUCCAGAAUAGAGCACAGUAGUUUCUCUGCCCAGUUUCCACCAGAAGAAUGGCCUGUUCGAGAUGAAGAUAACUUGGACAAUAUCCCUCGAGACAUUGAACAUGAGAUUAUCAAACGAAUUAAUCCCAUUCUGACUGUUGACAAUUUAAUCAAACAUACCGUCCUAAUGCAAAAAUACGAAGAACAGAAAAAAUACAAUAGCCAGGGCACUUCCACUGAUCUGCUGACAGUCAGGCAUAAAUAUCCUUCAAAAGAGGGAGUUAAGAAAAGACGGGGCCGGUCUGCAAGGCCUCGAAGGCGGGGCCAUUCUCAUAGGGAUAGACACAAAGCCAGGAGUCAGGGAAGUGAGCCUCCUCCAGGAAGCCUUAGACUGGAGAAACAUCCCAAGUCCCCUGCUGCACAGCCCACCUCCAGAAUUCAAAGCCCAAAUGAAGCACUAGUUCAGAAACCACUUGAUGAGAAUCCAUCAAUGCUAGGUUCCCAUUUGCUUUACAAGAAGCGAAUUAGUAAUCCUUUCCAGGGUUUGUCUUACCGAGGGAACCCAACAACCAAAGGGCACGACAUCCAGACCAGUGAUCUGAAACCGGGUCAGAUUGGACCAAAGGGAAAGCCUUUCCAAAGGUCAAGGUCUUUGGAUUCCUCAAGAAUCUUUGAGAGUAAAGGCAAACAGCCAUGUGCUGAACAGUAUGAAGAUAAACUGACAGCAGAAUCCAUUUCUAUGAAUAACUCUACCGUCAAGCCUAUCAGUGAUGACUUUAGAGAUCCCCUCUUAAAUCACUCUCAAGGUAGUGUUUUGCAAAAUGGUAGUAAAUGUUUUUCCUUUAGGGAAAGCCUGAGGAGACACGAUGUGUAUGGUGGAAAAAAUGAGGUAAUCCCUGAAGUCUUGAGGAAAAGUUAUUCUCACUUUGACACAUUAGGGGACGCAAAAGAAACACAGUAUGUGCUGCCAUCACAAGGUUCCUCCUCUCUAGGCCAUGCUUCCUCUGCGUGUAGACUAGUUGAUAAAACAAUACACCAGUUCCAAAAUCUUGGUAUUUUGGAUUACCCAGUUAGUAUGAACUGUUUGAGACAACCUGAGAGACAAGAGGGAGACUCAGAAGAAACACGAGUAAGAAAGGCAUUUGUCCAGGAAACAAAGACUGUGAGUCCAGAAAACGAAGGGCUUUCUGAGGAUAACCAGGCCUUGUAUCAGAAGGCUGUGGAAGAUGAUGAUGGAGCCUGUAGUUCAUUAUAUCUAGAUGAGGAGGACUUUUCUGAGAAUGAUGACUUAUGUCAAAUGCUGCCUGGCCGCAUUCAGUAUUCCUUUACAGGGGGAAGCAAGUGGAAUCAUUUAGGAAAACAAAAGGGGACUGAAAGAUUUCUGACUGAGUACAACCGCAGAAUACACAGGUCUGAGCCUCAGGUGCUUAAAGGAAAUGAGUGUUACAAACCCACUGGGUUGUUCACUAACCCAGGUGAAAGCCAAACACCUAAACUCUCUGCUGAGAGCUGUGGCCUCAGUUCGGGGACUCGGUCCGGUUUUAACUAUGAAGACGGACCCAGUGUUGCUACAUGUGUGCAAGCCUCAGCAGAUACUGAUGGAAGUGUAUUUGAUUACUAUAGCACAAGGAAAGCCACUUCUGAGGCUGAAACCCUACAAGACUUGGUUGGUGACAUAGGAAAGAAACCAGCUAGCUGGAGUCAGGGUGCUCAGAAUCAGGAAGUGAGAAAACAGUUCAUGCAAAAGUUAGAACUUUUCAGCCCUUCACAUAUGCCAGUGUUGGCUCAGGAUGUCCAACAUGAACACAGUCAUCUGGAAGGAACAGAAAAUCACAGCAUGGCGGGAGACAGUGGAAUAGAUUCUCCACGGACACAGAGUCUGGCAUCUAAUAAUUCAGUCAUUUUGGAUGGACUAAAAAGAAGACAGAAUUUUCUGCAGAACAUUGAAGGCACAAAGAGCGGUCAAACACUCACAUCCAAUUCCUUACUACAACUAACUCCAGUCAUAAAUGUUUAA